GUCACCCAAAAAAGUACUGAACCGAAUUUAUCUGUUUCUAAUAGGUUUCAAUGAAGGGACUACAUUACUGGGCAGCUGAUAAUCCGUGUUCUAGAUAAGAGUCGUUCUGGAUCGUUGAUUUGCUCCUGAGAUCCUCGCCCGCUAAUUCAAUCAAACUAUUAUGGAGUGUGUUCGAUCGCUGCUGGGCUACGCUACCAGAUGUUUUUCCUGCCAAGAAGAUUCGUCGGCACAGGGAAAUGAGCCAAACGAACGAACACAUCUGCUGGCGGAUCCGGUCAACAACAGUCCAGCGAUGCGGCGGACGGAUAGCGAAAUCUUUACGCAAGAGUAUUCCAACUCGGUACCCAAAAAGGAUGAGCAAUCGGCACUGGAAAAGAUACUGCAGGAAACAUCCGAAAACAUUAUCGAUGUGGCCGCGAUGGAUACCCAGAAGCUGGAGGCUAGCGAGUACAACGAUCGUGUCCGGAUCUAUACGCAGCGGUUGCAGCAACAGUGGAACAACGUUAGCCACCCGAACCAGGUCGACAAUGUGUGCCUACUGAAGGAUAUACCGAGCCCGGAAGCAGUACUAGCUUCGGUGCCAAUUGCACAGGAGGAUCUAAAGAUGAUCCAAAAUAUGGUCCACAAAGCAAACAUCGCCGUAUCCCAAAUAAGCGUCGCACACACCGAGAACCUGGUCGUCCCUUUUAGGAUUCCAUAAUGUUACGCCGUUAGAAGGAACCUGUAAAAUACGUGCAUGCGGUGCGAGCGGCCAACCGGUGGGUUAGGCCAAUUUAUCUUUCUCUUCCAAUACAUCAUCGACCGGCCGUGAAACGCAAGCACCCAACCAUAUUUGCUACACAAAGCACCGUUCAGAAGCGAGCAUGCGGAUUACGAUGGACGGUUUUGUGUGUCCCGGGGCGUUAGCUAGUUUCUUUUUUAUGUAUGCGAACAUCGAACUAUCGGCACGGCACAGGACAAGCCAUAAAAGAAUGAAUAGAGAUAAGCAUCUGGCGGGAGCUGUGGUGAUGGCGCGACGGCUACAGCAAGUGCCCGAUGGAUGAGGAGCUUUAAAACGCGAAAGUGUACAGAAUAAAAAAAAAGCAUUAA